AUGAACUACAUGGUGCCGACGAUGACCAAGGCACGGAAGGAUGCUGCCGACCGCCGUUUCGUCCUCUGGUGCUGCAUCGACCUGAGGCCGGAGCAACUGCGGUUCGACCAAGGCUUCAAGCUCUUCUUGGGGUCUCUGUCCCCGGAGUACGUGACAACCACAAUGGCGAAGAGCACGUUUAACCAGACCUUGGACGAGCUUUACGGCACGGUGCUCUCAUCCGUCGUGGGCGAGUUGCGGACGCUACGAGAGGAGAACCUCGGCAUGGGGUAUUCGGGACCCUUCCUUGGUGCCCAGCUGGAUCUUACAACAGCGGCCGGCGAGGAAUACAUCACCUUCACCGUAACGUUCGUGAAGAAGGGCGAUACGGACAUGACCCGCAUCGCGCUUGCGGCACGAGCGUUUCCCGGGAGCCACACUGCCGAGGAUAUCCAACCCUGGAUUGAGAAGCUCACGCUAGAGUACUUUUCGGGAUUCAUGGGCGAGUCUGUACAGCCCUCGGACGUCUUCCUCGCGUUUACGGUGGAUCAAGGAAAGAACAUCAUCAACGCGUGUACGGCGUUGGGUGUUACGGUGGUCGAGUGCAACUGCCACCGCCUCAACACCGCAGUCGUGUGGGCGUUGGGCAUUGCCGGGAAAGGGAGGUUGAACCCAGCGAUGGGCACACUCAUGAAGAAGCUGGCAGCGAUGGUUGGUGUCUUCAGCCACUCCGCCGUCAACAACGACGAGCUGAAGGAACUCCAGAGGCUAGAAGAGGGCUUUUCGCGCAUCUACGAGCUUCUCAGGCGGAACGACACGAGGUAA